GAGCCGUGCCGGCCCGGCAUGGCUUCCCGGGAGCGGCUGUACGAGCUUUGGAUGCUUUACUUCGCUAAGAAGGACCUCUCGUACCUGCAGCAGUGGCUGGAAGCCUUUGUGAUGAACUUCGAGAAGAUCAUCGCCCUGCCUUCGCUGGAGCCCCGCAGGCCAGAGGAGUCAGUGUCGGAGAUCCCAGUGCUGCCGCGGGAGGUUCUGCAGGUGCUGAGCCAACGGCUGGGGCAGUGUGUGGCACAAGUCCCAAGGGAGGAAGGUGCUGGGACCAGCCUGGGCCAGGCCCUCCUCCUCCUCAAGUUCUUCAUCAUCAUCUGCAGAAACCCAGAGAACAUCCAAGCAGACAAAACCCCUGGCUUCAUCCCGGAGGUGCUGAAGUUCCUGCGGGUCUGCGCCACCAAGCUGAGGAGCACCCAUGAGUUGGAAGGAGGUGGGAUGCAGCUGGAGAGUGGGAUGCUCCAUGCCCUGCACCUCUGCGAGUGCCUCUUUGACCCCUACCAGACGUGGAGACGGCAGCUGAGUGGAGAAGUCAUCAGCUCCAAGGAGAAAAGCAAAUACAAGUUUGCCCCAGCCCCUCUGCCCCCUGAGUUCAGCACCUUCUUCCAAGAGUCCUUCCAAGCUGGAGGGCAGCUCCCUGGAAUGCUCCAGCUCCGUCUCAUCCAUCUUUUUGGAGCCAUCCUCUCUGGAUCUAAGCCCAACGCCCUGCGAGCCAUCACGCCGGCAGCGGUAGAGCUUCUGCUGAGUGUCCUCCAGCGGGGAGGUGGAGAGACCCGACCCGUCCCUGGGCUGCUGGAGCUGGCACUGCGUGUGGUGGUGGCUGUGGUCCACAUCCUGCACGGCAGCAGCCCCGGCGCCGGCCCCGUGCCCUUGCGUCUCCUCCUGGAUGGUUACUUCAGGGUCCUCAAUUCCAACCUGCCCAUCGCUUCCUUGGCGCCGGAGGCAGCCGCUGGCCUCAUCGCUCUGCGUGUCCUCAUGCUGGAUGCCAUCCCUGCCAUGCUGAGCUGUGAGGACCGGCCAGUCCUUCAGGCUGUGUUCCUCAGCAACAACUGCUUCGAGCACAUCAUCCGGCUGCUGCAGAACAGCAAGGGCUCUGAUGGCAGCUCCGACACCAUCGCGGUCCACGCCCUCGGGGUGCUCACUGCCAUCAUGAGAAACUCACCUUCAGCAAAGGAGGUGUUCAAGGAACGCAUCGGCUAUUCCCACCUCUAUGAGGUCCUGAGGAGCCAAGGUCAGCCCACCCAACGUCUGCUCCAAGAGCUUCUCAACAUGGCAGUAGAGGGUGACCACAGCUCCUUCCCAGUGCGCCCCAUCCGCAACGAGCAACCUCUGCUGAUCCUGCUGGCCUGGUUGCCAGCGCUGGCGUGCCGAGAGCUGCAGGUCUGCCUCUCGGGCUGGCUGCGGCGGCUCUGCGAAGCCUCCCUGCCCAGCCGCCUCACCUGCGUCAAGGCAGGCAUGGUGGGUUGUCUGCUGGGCGCCUUGGCCACUGAGCCAGCGCUGCCAGCUGCCUGCUCUGAAAACCUGCUGGAGCUGCUGCAGGCGCUGGGCAGCCUCUCCAUCCGCCCCGGAGAGCUGCGGCAGCUCCUGCGGCUGCUGCGGCAGGAGCGGGGACAGGGACCUCAUCCCUACGUGGCGCCUGUCAUCCGGGCUCUGUCGGGCAUGGCGCGGCUGGAGGGCCCUCCCCGGGCGCUGCAGUGCUUUGACCUGACGCCGGGAAUGGCGGGGAUCAUGGUGCCCACCAUCCAGAAGUGGCCUGGCGGUGCCUUCGCCUUCCACGCCUGGGUGUGCCUGAGCGAGGAGGAACCUGAGCCGCCGGUGAGGCCGAAGAGGAGGCAGCUGUACAGCUUCUUCACGUCCGGUGGGACAGGCUUCGAGGCGUUCUUCACCGCCGGCGGCGUGCUGGUGGUGGCAGUCUGCACCAAGAAGGACUACAUGACGGUGGCCUUGCCGGAGUUUGCCUUCAACGACUCGGCUUGGCACUGCGUUGACAUCGUCCACGUGGCCGGGCGCCGGCCCUUUGGCCAGAACGUGGUCAGCAUCUACAGCGACGGCCACCUGCGCAAGACGGCGCAGCUGCGCUUCCCCUCCCUCCACGAGUCCUUCACCUCCUGCUGCAUCGGCUCUGCAGGCCACCGGACCACCACCACCGCCGCUGCCGCCACCACCAGCCACCCACCGGUGUCCCACGGGCCGGAGGUGGUCUUCCCUUCACACCCAACCCUUGGCCGUUCCCAGUCUGUCCCAGCUGCCCUGGGCCCCCACUCUUGGACCCCUACUCAGCCCCCCAUGGAGGGGGUGGUGGCCACCACGGCAGCCGGAAGCCAGGAUAUGGAGUGGGGCAGCCCCACCUCCCUGGAGGGUCACCUUGGCUCUGUGGCCAUCUUCUGCGAAGCUCUGCAGCAAGCCCAGGUCAAAGCCCUCUUCUGUGCAGGACCAAACGUCACAUCACCGUUUACAGUGGAGGGUGACUUGGUGGAGCUCAGCAGCAAGCUCUUGCUGUACUACACCCCACAGGCCUGCAGGAACAACAUCUGUCUGGACCUCUCUCCCAGCCACGGCUUGGAUGGGAGGCUGACCGGGCACAAGGUGGUCAACUGGGACAUCAAGGACGUGGUCAACUGUGUGGGAGGAAUGGGAGUGCUGCUGCCCUUGCUUGAGCAAGUGGUGUCCAAGAAGGAGGAGCCUGAGGAUGAGCAGGAGACCAACAACCUGGUGGGGCCAGAGCUGACGUCCUCCAGAAAUGCCCAGGGCAUGCUUAUCCCACUGGGCAAGUCCUCAGAGAGCAGGCUGGAGAGGAACAGCGUGGCUGCCUUCCUGCUGCUGCUGAAGAACUUCAUCCAGAACCACCCUGUGAACCAGGAGAGCCUGGUGCAGUGCCACGGACCUGCCGUCGUCGGGGCGCUGCUGCAGAAGGUCUCCAGCCCGCUACUGGACAUGAGCACGCUGAUGGCCUCGCAGAUCCUGAUGGAGCAGGUGGCCUCAGAGGGCAGCGGGCUCCUGCUGCACCUCCUCUACCAGCAUCUCCUCUUUGACUUCCGCAUCUGGAGCAACAGCGACUUCGCCGUCCGCUUAGGUCACAUCCAGUACCUGGCCAACGUCGUCAAGGACCACAAGCAGCGCAUCCGGAAGAAGUAUGGGGUGCAGUACGUCCUGGACUCCAUCAGGACGCACUAUGGAACCUCCAGGGAGAAGACCACGGCCACUGAUGACAUCAGGACAGUACAGACGUCCCUCUUCAGCUUGGUGAAGGAUUUCUUCUGCAGGAGCUUUUCUGGGGAGGAGAUGCAGAGCUUGCUGAGCUACGUGGCUGGGGCACAGGAUGAGCAGCAGGUCUGUGGGGCGCUGGAGGUGAUCCACAGCCUGCUGAAGGGCUCACCAGCCCAGGAGCAGCUCUUCACCUUCCUCUUUGAGCCAGGCCACGUGGAGGUCCUCUUCUCGCUGCUGGUGCAGAAGAAGUUCUCCGAUGAAGUGCGGGAGAGGGUCUUCAAGAUCCUCUACAAGAUGCUGAAGUACGAGAAGGUCCCCGAGCGCAGCAAGAACCGCCUGAAGCUGAAGGACAUCGGGUACCAGGGGCUCAUCGCCUGCCUCGGUGACAUCCCCGGCUCCAUGCUGCUCUUCCGCUGCCUCUCGGAGCAGGUCCUGGGGGCAGACCCUCCCAACUACAAGGACCUGGUGGCUGUGGUCUACCUGUCCCACCGUGCCGAGCUGACUGUGCGACUCGAUAUCUGCCGCAAGCUCUUCCACUUGAUCUACGCGCAGCAGGACCUGGUGAGGCAGCUGGCGAGGCUGGCUGGCUGGCAGGACACGCUCACCAAGCUCUACGUCAAGGAGUCCUACGAGUGCCGCCAGCACAGCCUGAGCCACCUGGGCACCGGCGCCUGCCUGGGGCUCCUGCGCUGCUCAGAGCCCUCCGGCAAGGAGGGACCCAGCCCACCACCGGCUGAGCUGCAGGAGCUGGACGUCUUCUUGCCACUGGGCUAUGAGGCCUCGGACCAGGAGCUCUCUGAGGGCUUCUCCGACCACUCCAUCUCCCCAAGUGGCCGCAUCAAGUCCUUCCACUCCUACAACUUCAAGUCUUUUGACUCCUCUGACCGGGCCAGCCGCUCAUCAUCCAACCCUGGCGAUGGACCUCCCUUCGAUGGUGUCUACCACCCACUCUCACCCUUCUCCACCUCGCCCUUUGACCUGGGGCUUGACCUGGCCAGCACCAGCUCCAUCGCCACAGCUGAGAGCGGCACACAGACCCCUGCCAGCGGCCCUGGCACCCCCUCACCCCUGGAGAGCUUCAAGCCCUUCCCUGGGAUGCGAGCACGCAAGAGCUCCAGCCUCUCCAACGUCCUGGAUGAGAGCAGCUACCAGGACACGCUGCCCAGCGACAAUGUCUCCAACACCAGCAACCCCCAGCAAACGCCUGAGGAGGAGCUGUGCAACCUCUUGACCAACAUCAUCUUCUCAGUGACCUGGCGUGGGGUGGAGGGCUGGGACGAUGUGGCGUGGAGGGAGCGUGGGCAGGUCUUCUCUGUCCUCACCAAGCUGGGGACAGCCUGCGAGCUGGUGCGGCCCCCCGAUGAGAUCAAGCGUAGCUUACUGGAGAUGAUGCUGGAGUCAGCAUUGACGGACCUGAAGGAGUCAGGACCAUCCACCCUGCCUGGUCUCACCCACAAUGCCCUCAAGCUGCUGCGAUUGCUGCAGGACUUCUUGUUCUCUGAGGGACACAACAACCAGGCACUGUGGAGUGAGAAGAUCUACGAGGGGGUGAGCAGUCUGCUGGACAAGCUGGGCGUCUGGUACCACCUGGCCAAUGGCACCUCCGACCUCAAGGAGAUGGCCCAGACCGGGCUACGCAUCCUUGUGGGCUACGUCAUGCUGCAGGACCCUCAGCUGCACUCACUGGCGUACGUCAAGCUGCACAGCCUGCUGCAGACCUCCUCGGUCCCCAGGAAGGAUGAAGCUUGCUACCUCCUGGGCAAGCUGGAGACCUCUCUGAGGCGCUCGCUGGAUGCCAAGUCCGAGACCUUCUCCUGGCUGGUGCCCAUCAUCCGUACACUCAUGGACCAGUGCUAUGAGACCUUGCAGCUGCAGCUCUUCCUGCCCUCGCUGCCACCCACUAAUGGCAGCCCCACCUUCUACGAGGACUUCCAGCUCUUCUGCACCACCCCGGAGUGGAGGAGCUUCAUCGAGAAGCACGUGCAGCCCACCAUGGCCCAGUUUGAGAUGGACACCUUUGGCAAGAGUCACGACCACAUGUCCAACUUCUGGAACGCCUGUUACGAUGCCAUGAUGAGCAGCUCCCAGCGGCGGGAGCAGGAGAAGGCAACCAGCCGCAGGAUGUUCCAGGAGCUGGUGCUGGAGCCGGCGGCGAAGCGCUGCAGGGCAGAGAAUGCCCGGCAUGCCAACGUGCUCAAGCAGGCCAACAACCACCACAGCACCGUGCUCAAGCAGUGGAGGUCCCUCUGCCGCCUCCUCACCUCACCUCGCUCCGCCUGGGCUGACCGGAACCCACCAGAGGUUCGGUGGAAGUUGUCAAGUGCUGAGACCUACUCCCGGAUGAGGUUGAAGCUGGUGCCCAACCUGAAUUUUGACCAACACUUGGAGGCCAGUGCCCUGCGGGACAACCUGGGGGCUGACCACCUCCACAACCCUGCCGAGUCCCUCCCACUCGCCAUGGCCAAGGAGGCCAAGGUGAGCGAGCUGGAAGAUGACCAACUAGCUGAGGAGGACCUCCCUGUCCUGGACAACCAGGCUGAGCCCAAGGAGCAGAACCAGCGGGAGAAGCUGGUGGUGUCAGAGGACUGUGAGCUCAUCACCACAGUGGCCGUUGUCCCUGGCCGGCUGGAGGUGACAACCCAGCACAUCUACUUCUAUGAUGGCAGCAGCGAGAAGGAGGAGACAGAGGGAGGGAUCGGCUACGACUUCAAGCGUCCCUUGUCCCACCUGCGUGAGGUCCACCUGCGGCGCUACAACCUGCGGCGCUCCGCGCUCGAGCUCUUCUUCAUCGACCAGGCCAACUACUUCCUCAACUUCAAAAGAAAGGUGGUGGCACGCUCCCAACCCCAGCAAACCCCUCCUGGCCCAUCUCCUCCAACCACAUCCUCCUCCUUGUGUCACCCCCCCCAGGUGAGGAACAAGGUCUACUCCUGCAUCCUUGGCCUGCGUCCUCCCAACCAGAUCUACUUCGGCAGCAGGUCGCCCCAGGAGCUGCUGAAAGCCUCAGGGCUCACACAGAAAUGGGUCCUGCGGGAGAUCUCCAACUUCGAGUACCUCAUGCAGCUGAACACGAUCGCAGGGCGCACCUACAACGACCUCUCCCAGUACCCCGUGUUCCCCUGGAUCCUGCGGGAUUACGUCUCAGAGACCCUUGACCUCACCAACCCAGCUGUGUUUCGGGACCUGUCCAAGCCCAUCGGGGUGGCCAACGAGCGGCAUGCCCGGGACGUGAAGGAGAAGUACGAGAGCUUUGAAGACCCCACGGGCACGGUGGACAAGUUCCACUACGGCACACACUACUCCAACGCGGCAGGCGUCAUGCACUACCUGAUCCGCACCGAGCCCUUCACCACCCUCCACAUCCAGCUGCAGAGCGGCAGGUUUGACUGCUCGGACCGGCAGUUCCACUCGGUGCCAGCAGCGUGGCAAGCCCGCAUGGAGAACCCGGUGGACGUCAAGGAGCUCAUCCCCGAGUUCUUCUACUUCCCUGAGUUCCUGGAGAACCAGAACGGCUUUGACCUGGGCUGCCUGCAGCUGUCCAACGAGAAGGUGGGCGACGUGGUGCUGCCCCGGUGGGCCAGCUCUCGAGAGGACUUCAUCUGCCAGCACCGCAAAGCCCUGGAGUCGGAGUAUGUCUCAGCCCACCUCCACGAGUGGAUUGACCUCAUCUUUGGCUACAAGCAACGAGGCCCAGCCGCCGUGGAGGCCCUCAAUGUCUUCUACUACUGCACCUAUGAGGGAGCCGUGGACCUGGAUGCCAUCGCCGACGAGACGCAAAGGAAGGCUCUGGAGGGCAUCAUCAGCAACUUUGGGCAGACACCUUGCCAGCUGCUCAAGGAGCCCCACCCUGCCCGGCUGUCGGCAGAAAGCGCAGCCCGGAGGCUGGCCCGCCUCGACACCCGCUCACCCAACGUCUUCGAGAACCUGGACCAGCUCAAGUCCUUCUUUGUGGAGGGCAUCAGUGAUGGGGUGGCCUUGGUGCAAGCCGUGGUCCCCAAGAACCAGGCACACUCCUUCAUCACUCAGGGAUCCCCAGAUGUCCUGGUGAGUGUGGGGAAACUUGAGGCACAGGUGGAUUCUGGUGACCUAGGAGGUGCAGGACCAAACCUGAGGUUGGCUGCAGUGGUGGGAGCUGGGUCACCCCCAUCUACCCAGGUCACCGUGAGUGCCAACGGCUUGCUGGGAACCCACAACUGGUUACCCUACGACAAGAACAUCUCCAACUACUUCAGCUUCACCAAAGACCCUACUGUCUCCAACACAAAGACCCAGCGCUUCCUGCAGGGCCCUUUUGCCCCCGGCGCGGACCUCUGCUCCCGCACGCUGGCCGUGUCCCCCGACGGGAAGCUGCUCUUCAGUGGAGGGCACUGGGACAACAGCCUCCGUGUCACCUCGCUGGCCAAAGGGAAGGUGGUUGGGCACAUCACCCGGCACAUAGAUGUUGUCACCUGCCUGGCGCUUGACCUCUGCGGCAUCUACCUCAUUUCUGGGUCCCGGGACACCACCUGCAUGGUGUGGCAGGUCCUACAGCAGGGUGGGUUUUCCAGCGGCUUGGCUCCCAAACCUGCCCAGGUCCUGUACGGCCACGACGCCGAGGUGACCUGCGUGGCUAUCAGCACCGAGCUGGACAUGGCUGUGUCAGGCUCCAAGGACGGCACCAUCAUCAUCCACACCAUCCGCCGGGGGCUCUUCAUCCGCUCCCUGCGGCCGCCCGGAGAGAGCUCACCCCCGGCUGCCCUCUCCCACCUGGCCGUGGGGCCAGAGGGGCAGGUGGUCGCCCAAACCAGCAUGGGCCAACGAGCCUGCCUGAAGGACAGGUUUGGGUUGCACCUCUACUCGGUCAACGGGAAGCACCUCUCCUCCGUGCCCCUGGACGAGGAGGUGACAGCCAUGUGCCUCACCGAGGACUUCGUGGUGCUGGGGACCGUGCAGUGCGGGCUGGAGAUCCGUGACCUCCAGAGCCUCAAGGCAGCUGUGCCCCCUGUACCCAUGAGGGUGCCCAUCCACAGUGUGUCCGUCACCAAGGAGAAGAGUCACAUCUUGGUGGGCUUGGAGGAUGGCAAGCUCAUCGUGGUGGGGGCUGGGCAGCCUGCUGAGGUGCGGCCAGGCCAGUUCCACCGGCGGCUGUGGCGUUCCACGCGUCGAAUCUCCCAGGUCUCAGCUGGUGAGACAGAGUACAACGCUGCGGAGGGCAGGGGCUAGAGCCACCCACCCGAGGGACACCCACCCGAGGGACACCCACCCGGGGUCCACCAACCACCCAGGGACCUUCAGCGAGUCCGUCGCCCGUGGCCUUAUCCAGCCCCACCCCCAUUUUAGGGGGUCCCUUCCCUGGGGAGUGAGGGACAGGGGUGAGGAGUAGGGGGACUCCUUGCGGCGCAGGGGGGUGACACGGACCUGUCCCACCCCAUCCCACCCUGCUGGCCAGGAGCUGCUGGGGGUGGCCCCGCCCCCUCCCGGGUUAUUUUUUACCUCUUUUUAGGCCUUUUACAAGAAAAAAAAUAUUGAUAAUAAUUAAUGAUAAUAAAUGUCUGGGACAUGGG